AUAUGAUCGAGAUCUGUAUAUGAAUUACUUUGGUUGUUCACGGUGAACAUUUGAAUAAUGAGUGGUGCAGCUUUGGGACUCGAGAUUGUUUUUGUCUUUUUUCUGGCAUUAUUCCUACUUCAUCGAUAUGGAGACUUUAAGAAACAGCAUAGACUUGUAAUUGUUGGAACACUGCUAGCUUGGUAUCUCUGCUUUCUUAUUGUCUUCAUACUGCCUCUGGAUGUUAGUACGACAAUAUACAACCGGUGCAAGCAUGCUGCUGCGAACUCGAGCCCUCCUGAGAGUAGCAAUAUUACAGGACUGUAUGCAACUGCUACCCCAGUGCCAAGCCAACAUCCGUGUUUCAAGCCAUGGAGUUACAUUCCUGAUGGGAUCAUGCCAAUUUUCUGGAGGGUAGUAUAUUGGACAUCACAAUUUUUAACAUGGAUUCUGUUACCUUUUAUGCAGUCAUAUGCAAGAUCAGGAGGGUUUUCCAUCACUGGAAAGAUCAAAACUGCACUGAUUGAGAAUGCAAUCUAUUAUGGCACCUACUUGCUAAUUUUUGGAGCAUUUUUAAUUUAUGUAGCUGUAAACCCACAUUUACACUUAGAAUGGAACCAGCUUCAGACAAUUGGGAUAGCUGCUGCAAAUACAUGGGGCCUGUUUCUUCUUGUGUUGUUGUUGGGGUAUGGCUUGGUGGAAAUUCCUCGAUCAUACUGGAAUGGAGCAAAAAAAGGUUAUCUACUUAUGAAAACUUAUUUUAAGGCAGCCAAAUUGAUGACAGAGAAAGCAGAUGCAGAAGAAACUUUAGAAGAUGUCAUGGAGGAAGUUCGUAAAGUGAAUGAGAGCAUCAAGUAUAACCACCCAUUGAGAAAAUGUGUGGACACAAUACUUAAAAAGUGCCCUGUAGAAUAUCAGGAAAAAAUGGGUAGGAACAUGGAUGAUUAUGAAGAUUUUGAUGAAAAGCGUAAUGCCUAUCCAAGUGAAAAAAGUCUGGUAAAACUACAUAAACAGGUGAUUUAUUCAGUUCAGAGACACCGCCGAACUCAAGUACAGUGGCAGAUUCUUUUGGAACAAGCAUUUUAUCUAGAAGAUGUAGCAAAAAAUGAAACUAGUGGUACUUGUCAGUUUGUUCACACCUUUCAAUCUCCGGAGCCAGAAAAUAGAUUUAUUCAAUAUUUUUAUAAUCCUACUAUUGAGUGGUACUGGGAGUGUCUUUUGCGGCCAUGGUUUUAUAGGAUACUUGCCGUGGUGUUGUCCAUCUUCUCCGUAAUUGUUGUGUGGUCAGAGUGCACAUUCUUUAGCACUACGCCUGUCUUAUCCCUCUUUGCAGUUUUCAUACAGCUGGCCGAAAAAACAUACAAUUAUAUUUAUAUUGAGAUUGCUUGCUUCCUUUCCAUCUUCUUCCUCAGUAUCUGUGUUUAUUCUACUGUGUUCAGGAUUCGUGUAUUUAACUAUUAUUACUUGGCUUCCCAUCAUCAGACUGAUGCUUACAGCCUUCUUUUCAGUGGCAUGUUAUUUUGCCGUUUGACUCCUCCUUUAUGUCUUAAUUUCUUGGGUUUGACCCAUAUGGAUUCAUCCAUCUCUCACCAGAAUACACAGCCAACUGCUUAUACAUCUAUUAUGGGUUCCAUGAAAGUUUUAUCCUUUAUUGCAGAUGGGUUCUAUAUAUAUUAUCCUAUGUUGGUGGUAAUUCUCUGCAUUGCUACUUAUUUUAGUUUGGGAACUCGUUGUUUGAAUCUACUUGGUUUCCAGCAGUUCAUGGGAGAUAAUGAUAUGACAUCAGACUUAGUUGAUGAAGGAAAAGAAUUAAUCAGACGAGAGAAGAGAAAAAGGCAACGACAAGAAGAAGGUGAAAAUCGAAGAAGAGAAUGGAAAGAACGUUAUGGGCACAGUAGAGAAGAUUCUACUAGAAACAGAAAUGUUCAUAUUGACCCAAAAGAAUCAAACUUCUCAGAUAUUAGUACCAACCGAUCAGCAUCCAAAUAUACCAGAUCUAAUAAUAGGAAUGAAAGGGACCGAAUAGAACUUCUCCAAGAUGCAGAACCUUUGGAUUUUAAUGCAGAAACAUUCACUGAUGAUCCUCUUGAAUCUGAGUCAGGAAGAUCAUUUCUUUAUCCACCUUUCAGGUAUCAGCCUGGUGGACGAUACCUCUCAAUGUCUCGCAGCAGAAUAUUUGACGAUGUUUAAAGUCUGUAUGAAUUUAUGGAAUAACUAACCAAGAUCAACACAUUAGUUCAGUCUUUAUGAACAUCUGUAUGCCCUAGAAUUUACACUUAACUCUCAGUGAAAAGUGUCAGGAUAAAAAAAGGCACUAAAAUUAAUCACAUCUUAGUAAUAAUAGUUUAUAUUGUUCACUGAAAUAGAGUGUCAUCUUUUCUAAUAGGAUUCAUUACAUACCAUUCCUGAAGUGUCUGCCUUAGAAGUACAGUUAUGGUGGAAGGAUUUCAUUCAUGGUAAAGAUCAGUAUAUGUUGAAAAUAUGUAGUUAAAUUUGUUUCAGAUUAAUUUUUUUCAGGAAAAUUGUUUUAAAGGUCCAAGGAAGCCAUAAGUCAUAACUGAAUAAUGUUAUACAGUUUUAUUAUUGUGAUUUACAUUUUUGCUGUUUCUGAAGGAUGUGUUGAUCCUUUAUUUCCCAAAGAGAUGGAGACCUCAGAUAAUAACCAUAUUUACAAAACCCAUGUCUUAAAACAAAGCUUACUUACCAGACAUAACUGAAUGUAGAAAGCUCUUUUUCAACUCUGUAUGUAAAUUAGUGAGGUUUUUGCAUGUAUAAUUAAGAUUAUACUUCAACUGAUAGUGUUUGUAUGUUCAGCAUGUGUACUAUAAUCAGGCAGUGUAUUACUUUUUCAGUCUCUGGUAGUAACUGGAAAUUAUCUUACGCUUUUGGUAUUGCUUUGUAAAAGAUUUCAUUUUAGAGAGGUGUUCCCCUUUAUCAUAUAGCAUACUGAUUUAAGUGUUGAUCAUUCCACUCAAGGAGAAUUGCAAUUGUUAAUGGUGAAGUGUGGGGUUUUUUUAAUAGCCGAAGAGCCCCACAAAAUUAUCCACUUUUUAAAGGUGCCUCUUUAUGCCUUUUGAAAAGGAACAUCUGGUUAUUCAAAUGUUACAAAGUGAAUCUUUACUGUUAUUACUAACACUUAAAUUGUGGUUUACAGAGAACAGAAAACUCUAUUAUAAUGGAGAUGUGUAAUAACUUGUUGGUUAAAUAUAUUAUUUUAAAUUGAAUUUUUUAAACUUUGUGUUUAAGCCAAAGUUAGAUAUAUUUUAAAUCAUCAGCGUUUUAUUGCACAGUGGAUGUAGUUGAGCACAACACACUUGCAGAGAGUUUUUAUGUCCCUGAAGUAUUUGCAGCUCUUAGAGAAUCCAUACUGUGGAUUCACCCAGUGGUGAUCAUACUUGAACUUGCCCACGGCCAUCUUAGUUUAACAUCUAUUAUCCUGCGUAACUUUUAAUAGCGUUCAUUUUCACUCUUAAAUAUCCCAGUUUGAAGGUGAAUUAUAUAGUCACCCAAACAAUUUGAUUAUAUGUUUCUUGAAGGUAAUUUUUCCCUGAAUCAUAAUUUAAAUUUUUUAUUUUCCUAUUAGUGUUAUCAUGUAAAUUUUUAAAAAGACACAGUUCUAUGCAGAUACUGAAAGGACUAGCGUAUCAUCCUAAUAAUCUGAUUUUUAAAAAGUUUUACAAUCUCUGAGAUUAGAUCCCCUUUAAAAUAAUUAUCAGUGGAUAGAUUUUACUCUCGAAGGUUAUAUUGGCUGUCCAUUUAAGGACACACACACACACACACACACACACAGCCUUUUAUUGUGAAGUAUCGUUAGAGAGCAGUAGGCCAGGAGCAGAGAUAAUUUAACACUGUAAUUUCAUGAUUGACCAUUGAAACUUUGGGCAAGUCAUGUAACCUUUUAGUGCCUCAAUUUCUUCUUUUUCGAAAUGAAAAUGAUACUUGCUGUUUACCUCCUGAUCUACCUCACAAAGCUAUUGUGAGGGUAUUGAGUUGAUGUUUAGAUAGUGGAGUUUAAAAAGACAAAAUAAGUUGUUAGCUGUUCUGGUUUCCUUAAAUGGUAUUUGAAGGUAUUGGAUAGGAAAAGGAUCACCCCAGAAAGGGGUCCAGUUUCUUAUUAUUACAGAGAAGCUUGUAAGUCCACCAAGCAAAAACUCUUUUUGGAAUACUUCAUCAAGAUCCUGUGAAAAUAAUACGGUUUAUUUUUUAGUCUUUGGGUUUACUUUGGAAUAUUUUCCUUAAGUAUAAUGUUGUUUCUCAUCAGGCUUUAUCAUGAAACUGAGAUGCUACUGUAGAAAUAGAAAAAGAGAAGAGAUGAUCCAAUUACUUUAUAACUUACAAUAACUUGAGAUAAGUCGAUAGAAAUAUGUAAGGGAAUGUACUACUUUCCUCCAUUAUUAAUUUUUUUAUAAUAAUCGAACUAUAUGUAAUAAUUCACAAAUAGUAUAGAUCCCUUUAAGACUUUGGAGUCAUUUUCAAACCAAUUUUUGGUUGUUUGAGUGAUCCAGAGUAUUCAGCUUUUCAAUCAGAAUUUAUCUAGCAGGAUUUCAUAUAUGAUCAGAUCAUAUAGGUAGGUUACCUGGCUGGGUACAUUUGUGUUGAGAAGGUAAUGAUUUAACCACUGAGUUUAUUGCUGGGGAACUAAGUUAAUAUUUGUUAAGUCACCUUGUAUAAAAAACUGUAGUAAGAACGGACAUUUUCUGUUUUGAGAAACUUAUGAAAAUGUAAUGACAUCUACUGCAAAACAUUACUACUAAGUUCAUACACUUUGCAUGUAAAGUACCUUUCUUGAAUUACUUCUGGCAGUUACCUUUUGAUGUCUUUCUUACAUAACAAUGGCUAUCUGAUUAAAUUUUCUAAAUUAUUUUUAUAAAUAAUUGUUUGGUAAGGAUAUUCGAUAAGCCAGUAAUUCAAAAUAACCAUUGCAGAAAGUAACAAUGAAUAAUCUGUUAAUUUCAUUAACCUGUAAUUUGCUAAUUAACUUUUGUUACUGCGUUAAUAAUUUAUUAUUAUCAAUAGAGCAUUUCUGUAAAAAUCAUUAUUAAAAUAAGCCUAAUUAUCAGAAUGUGUUCUCUUAUCAAAUGAAUAGAAGGCCUUUGGAAUAACUUCAUCACACAAGAGGCCCUCAUUUCACAAUAGUAGGAAGCAAAUCAGAACAUGCGAGGGCUAUUUAUUUACAGAUCAGAGAAUUCGACAAUCGAAACUUUCUAAAAAAAAAUGUUGCUAUUUGAUUUGUUUUGGGGCUCUACUAUUUGAUUAUAUUGUCAUUUCUUAAAUUUACUCUGGUUAUGUACCCAAAUGAAGUUAAAUGUGGAUAGGAAAGUCCUGUGUGUUUUUUUAAGUAUAUUUUAGAGUAUUAAUGAAGAAGUUUCAUUGAUGUACAAUAGCAAACCUCAUUUUUAAAUACCUUUAGUAGAUUUAGGGAAUGUUCUUGAUUUUUGUGUUGAUUGCUAUUUUAAAGGAAAAAUAAACUCUCCAUAAUUAUAAUUCACACUGUUCAGUAAUGUGAAUUUUAUGCUUGUGAUUUGAGUGGGCCAUGCCUGAAAAUCACAAGGAUAAAUAUAUUUGCACUAAGAGACAAAACACAUCCCUGAAUAAUCUUAACAUACUUGAAUCUUCAAAGUGUAAUAUAUUGUAUUGAAUUCUAAACGUUAAGAAGUAAAUGGAUUUAGAGUUUUAUCUUUCCUUUCUUCCUUCAUCUCUCAUUCCUUUUAUACUUUCCUUCCUUUCUGAUGCCUCUCUUUAUAGUAUAACUUAGACUGUGCUGACAGAUUUUUCUUCCAUUUGUUUUGUGUACACAGUUGCUUUUUGAUGAUCAGUACAUGUAAAAGGUAGUAGUUCUGACUACAAAUCCCAUGACUUGAAUAGCAGUAUUGCACAUAAAGUAGUGAAACAGAUUUUGCUAGGCAAUUAAGCUAUAUCUGAAUGUAAAUGUGAUGCAUGCUAGCUCAGUGUAUUGUCUUUUUUGUCACUUAAGUAGGGCACUUCAGUAAAAUGAAUUAUUCUCAGUGUAAUGUUUCAGCAUAAAAUUAGAUUUCCAAAAACAGUGAUUGUUAAAAACCAAACAAACAAACCCAAAACAUUAAGAACCUUGAGACCUCUUUUUUAUGAAAAGGAAUUCGUAAAUAACAUACAUCAUUGUCAAAGUUUUUGUUAAGAGAGGUUGGAACAAUACAAGAGGGUUACAGGAGACAUUCUGAAAUAUGAAUUCGCUCUGUGUGGGGUACUUCUUUCCAACUCAGCGACUUUUUCUGCUCAGAGACCUGGAAGACCAGGCAGUGUUAUCCCUUGUACCAACUCCUGGAAACCAGGCCCUGUGAGCCAUCUACACCAGUGGAAUAGCCACUAGCCCUGUCCCAUCUCUGGUCCCACUGCAAUGGGAACAUGCCCUUACCCCUAAUCCCUUUCAUGUUCAGUCUGGUUUUCCUACAGUUUUAUUUCCAUUUUCAAAAGAUUUGUCCACUGAGGUUGAUCAAAGCCUUGCUGUAAUUUUGAAUUUGUUAAUAAAGCAAGAAUAUUGGCAUGUUCCUUUCUCAUAGAUAUCCUAGAAGACAUUUGUUUUUAACCCUCCCUAGGAAGAAUUAACCUUUUUUCCCAUGAAAAUCUUUUCUUUUGUCUUGAUCGCAAAUCAUUUUGCAAAAGGAGAUUAUUAUUGUACUUAGUGCAAAAGACUAGAAAGAGUGGUUUACUGUGGCAGACAUGUAGGAUAAGGUCAUAAUUUGUUAAUCUGACUGUACAACACUGUUUUGAGUUAUUGACAUCAAUCUUAUCAACAUAGUCACUUAAAGGUGUAUAUCUCAAAAGAAUACUGGCUAGCAUCUUCCCUAUUUGGUACACCAAGUUGUAGGGGAGAGAUUCUGUAUUUUUUUUUUUAAGCAAUCCAAUGGAUUUGUUUUUGUCCAUAUUUUGAAAACAACUUGGAUUUUUCUCAUUUAUAAGGUAGAGAGCAUGUGGAUCUUUCUUUUAAAUUACUGUAAUCUAAUAUAUAUUUAUACAUUGUAGCAUUGAAAAAAGAACUCUAAUGUUGAUGUUGUUACUUCCUGGUAUUUAAUUUUUAUAAAAUGUUUUUGUAAGUAACUAAUUGUAGCAUUGCUUUUAAGUAGUUUAAUAAUCUUUCUCAAAUAAGUUCUGCCCUGAACCUAUUUCCUUAGGGCAGUAUUCUAAAAUUCAGUAGUCUAGUAGAAUUUGAAAUAUUCAUAAAUCUCUUUAGUAUCUUUUAAUACAUGCCAGUACCCAAGCAAAGCAUACCAAAAGCCUAAUUUCUGUGUUGCAUUAAUAAAGUACUUGCUACUUAUUUAAUUCAGUGGAUUAGGUGAAAUAGAAGAUAAGUCUUUUCAAAUGUACAUCUGAUCAUAAUUUUCAAAAUGUUCAUUAUGUUCAUUUUUGGUGCAUGAUGCCAAAUUUAUCUUUAAUCAGCUGUUACUGCUUGGUAUGUAAUGGCAAAUGUUUUCCUUUCUGACCAAUGCGUUGUAGAUUUAACUAUUUUUCUCUCCAGAUUCUCACAACAUUUUCAAAUAUGAAUUUGGAAAAACCUGCAAAGUGCUACUAUAAGUAAGUUAGCAUCUUUGGCCUUAUCUAUGCAUAAUGUUCUCUCAGUUUGGUUUUGACAAACUCAUGGUCUUGCAAUUGCUCUGUAGUAUUUUAACUUACUGUGAUGUAAUGAAUUUUUGAAAUGUUUAUUUGAUUAUCUGUUAAAAUAUAAGAAAUUAUGUAGCUUUGCAUGAAAUAAAGUAGAUUUCUACAAGUUACUAA